GUAACGCAGCAAAUGAUCUUGCCCGUUGGAUCUCCAACCAACGGUCUCGAUGGAACGAACCUCUUCGAGGCCCCGGGCGACGCUCGCACGCAUCACGAAGCCACGACCGGAGAUGCUCUACCCCUAUCACCCCUAACCUCGUCUUCGUCCUCCUCCCUCCCGUCGCCGCUCUUCGUCCAUUAACGCCCCGGCCCGAGCGCUCGAAGGUCCUCCAAUGGCGGACGCCGCAAUCGACGCGGCGAGGGAGGUGGCUCCGCCGCCGCCGCCGAAGGCCUCGGAGCGCGAGAUCCGACCCUCCGCCGCCGCCGCCCCCUCUGCCUCCUCCGCCUCCUCCUCCGCUUCCGCCUCCUCCAAUCCCGACAUGGAGGCGCCGCCGCCGAAGCCCCGCCGCUCCAUGGCGUCGUCGGACCCCAAGAGCGAGAUCCAAGCCGUCGCGCGGAAGCUCGCCGACCAGCCCGUAGAGAAUCCCGACAGCGCCGUGUGGGCCGUGCUCACCGCCAUCUCAAAGAGCGCUCGCAAACGUCCCCAGGGAAUGAAUAUACUUUUGAGGGCGUCUGAGCACUGUUUGGGCCGAACAGUGGAGGACAAAAACUUCCGGAUACCUAUAAUGCCCGUCAGUGGAAAUCAUUGUAGGAUCUUUAAGGAUCCAGCAGCAGUUCAAAAUGGCGAGCUAAAUACCACCUCACAGCUGCCAGUUUUCCUGAAGGACACAAGCACUAACGGGACGUAUCUCAACUGGACAAAGCUCAGAAAAGAUUCUCCUCAAGCUAGGCUUCAUCACGGAGACAUUAUAUCUUUUGUUGCUGCUCCUCAUUGUGAUAGUUCCUAUGCAUUUGUGUAUCGUGAAGUUCGUGGAGUCACUUUUCCACAGAAUGGAAAUACAGUAUUAAAAAGAAAGGCAGAGGAGAAUGCUGCUGAAAGCAAGAGAUUUAAAGGUAUUGGAAUUGGUUCUCCUGAUGGUCCUGUUUCCCUAGAUGAUGUCCGAAGCCUUCAGAGAUCUAACACGGAGCUUAGGCAGCAAUUGGAAUCACAUGUUUUGACAAUGGAGAUACUGCGGAGUGAAAACCGUGCAUCAGCAGCUCGGCAUGAAAAUGAACUGAAAGAGCUGAAGGAUGUUGUUGCCAAUUCUUAUCUCGAUCAACUCAAAGAGCUGCAACAUGAGUUGGAUGAGAAUAAGAAGGAAUUAAAUUCACGUAACACGUCAAAUUUGGAACUACGGAACUCCAUAAAAGAUCUUAAUGAAAGGCUUAGUGCCUUAAAGCAAUCACGUGUUGAUGCUGAUGAGAUAAUUCAGAGUCAGAAAGCUACUAUAUCCGAACUCGAGGUACAGUUAAAGGAAGAAAGAAAUAUGAGAAGAGAGGAGAGGGAAGACGCAGAAAAAGAUCUGAAAUUAGCCUUACAGAAAGUCCAAGCUGAGGCUCAAGAGGAAAUCAAGCGACAAAGUGAUGUUUAUCUGCGACAACAGAGAGAACAACAAGAAGUCAUCAAUAAAUUGCAGGAGUCAGAGAAAGAUGUCCGUUCCCUUGUGGGAGCAUUGAGAUCCAAGCUGGAAGACACUAGGGAGAGCCUUGUCGCAUCUGAGAAGAAAGUCAGGCAAUUAGAAGUCCAACUUCAUGAUGAGCAACUUGCCUCUGCAAACAGCAGAAAAAGAUCAGAAACACUGGAGUCUGAAUUGAAAAGCCUGAAGGAUGAACUCGAAAGUGAGAAGCAGGUAGCCAGGGAAGAAGCAUGGGCAAAGGUCUCUGCCCUUGAGCUUGAAAUAGCUGCUGCAAUUCGUGAUCUCUCAACUGAGAAACAGAGGUUCCAAGGAGCCAGAGAAAGAAUUAUUUUGCGAGAGACCCAAUUACGUGCUUUCUAUUCAACAACAGAGGAAAUUUCUGCUUUGUUUGCAAAGCAGCAGGAACAGCUGAAGGCCAUGCAGAAAACCUUGGAGGAUGAAGAGAAUGAUGAGAAUGCAUCCUUUGGUAUAGAUAUGAAUGCACCAUUGUCAGGAAACAUGAGACUUGCCCAUGCCUUUCAAAAAGAAACUGCUUCCCUCAACAGUAAAAGAGAAGCGCUUGCAGCUUCCCCAAACAAGGAGCAGGCCAGCCGCAGUAGCACCAGUCAUGACGAUGAUAACGUCAGCAACACAGAGAAGCAUGACUGCCUUGGAAGCCAAGAGGGCAACACUCAAGACCUAGAAUGCACGAGUUCUGAGAGAUUUUUCAAGGGGUUCGGUUCAGAUAUCGAAGCAGUUCCUGCUGGGGAGCCGACUGACACUGAGCGAGUACUUGGGACGGAAAGCCAAGUUGGCGAAGGUGGCUUUUGUGAGAAGAUACGUGUCUUGCAAAAAUGCAACAAUACCGAAGGAGAGACUAUGCAGCUUGAUGAUGAAACCCAGUUUCAAGAUAAAGAAGAAACCCAGCUCCAAGAAAAGGCUGAAACCCAGCUCCAAGAAAAUGCCGAAAUUGCUGGGAAGCUCGAAGAUCCAACCAAUGGUAGUAUUGGUGGUUCUCAGUCAAGAAUUGAAGACACGCAGAAUAACACAAUAAGAACUGCCGAUCUCUUGGCUUCGGAAGUACCAGGUAGCUGGGCAAUGAGCACUGCUCCAUCUGUUAACGGGGAAAAUGAAUCUCCGAGGAACACAGGAGAAAAUGAUAAUGGCGAUGGUGAGAAUACUGCUGCUGCCGCUACUCUAUUGCUGUGCUCUGAAGUUCAAGCAGCAGGGAGUCAGAGUCAUAGUAUCAACGGAGCCACCAAACUAACGAAGGACCAAGAAGCUUUGAAUGCCAUGAUAGCUAUAGUUGCUCCCGACUUUGGGCAGCAGUUAGAAAGUGAGGGAGGGAAGAGCAAUUCCAUGUCUGAUGCCGAGACAGAGGAAGGCGACAAUGACGGUGAUGCCACCGACGACGACAGCAAUGCUAAGAAGGGCAGUGAUGUCAAUGAUGAUGAUGAUUAUGGCGAUAAUGCAGGAGAUGAUAAUGAUGGCGAUGGCGCAGGAGAUGGUGAUGAGGCCAUGAUAGAAGAUUCUGUUGGAUGAGUAAAUAAAUGUUCUUCAACUGAUAAUGGUGUAUUGGUUUCCGCCAAGUUCUGCUGUAGAUAUUGUUAGUUUGCUUUCUUUGUUGUCCUCCUUUUUUAACCUUCUUUUUAUGCGUUUAGUCUAAUUUGGAUGUGAAAGGGUUGUAUUUAAUUUUUGCUAUCAUCCAAUGCUUCAAAUUUUCAAUUGCUUGCUCUGGCAAUCAAAAGAAAGGGGGAGGGUGCUUUCUUUUUA